GAAGCGACAGAUGUACAGCAACCGCUGCAUUCAUUUGCGUCCUUGGCACUCUCUGCACUUUAUAUUAAGUUAUUAAACCUUUUUCGGGUUAUCACAAUUUCAGCGACAUCAUACAGUAAAUCAAGUAAUGAGUCGUCUUUGAUGAGACAGAGAUGAGUGCUCCUACUUCCAGUGAACGCAAAGCUUGCUGGGGUGCCAGAGACGAGCUGUGGAAGUGUUUAGAUCUCAAUGAAGACAAGACAUCUGCCUGUGAGAAACACCAGCGAGAUUUUGAAGCCAAGUGUCCUGCUCAGUGGGUGAAGUAUUUCGCCAAACGAAGGGACUUCUUGAAGUACAAGGAGAAAAUACAAACCGAAGGAUAUGAACCCACAGAGGGAGCAUCGAAAUCAAGUUGAAACUGACUGCAGUUAAUAACGCCGAACAUCUGAGAUGUGCCCUGGCCUCUAGACCAGCAAUGGCAUUAGUGCACUAAAUAUUUCCUUUCUAAUGAGAAAUUGUUGAUCAUUUCCAGAUGAUCUUAUUUAUGUAUGCGGGACGAAAUCAUUAAUAAACAUGAUUUCAAUAAC